ACUUAAACGAUAUUCAUUGUGAGCGCCGCACGUGAGAAACGUCCCAUUGAAAUUGAUAGAAUCGCGUACGGCCUAACAGUAUUGCGGUAAGCAUCGUGGCGUUAAGCCGCGCGAAAUGUGGAAGGUCAUAAUAGCCGCGUGCACGAGCCUGGUGGUCACCGCUCCGGUCGACGAUCGGGUCGACUUCUCACCCAUCAAUCAAUUCGCUCUCAGACUCUUAGACAAUGCAUAUGCUUUCCAAGAGAACUUUGGGCGGCAAAAUUUUGCUGUUUCCCCAUUAUCAGUAUGGAGCGUCUUCUCGCUACUCGCCGAAGGAUCGGCAGGGGACACCUUCCAGGAACUAAUGAAGGAACUUCAGCUACCUCAGGAUUUGAGGGCAACUCAAGAGUUACAUCUUGCGGCGGAAAACAUUUUAAGAAGCAACGACCCCGAUCUCGUGAUUCACAAACAAGCAGCCUUGUUCCCCGAAUGUUCAUUAGAGAUACACCAAGAGUUUUGUCAAGCAGCUAACAUGUACAGAACAGGUGUAUAUUCUGUUGAUAUUACUAACACUACCAGACUGGCUGAUGAUAUAAAUUAUUAUAUUUGUGUUGCUACAGAGGGACAAAUAAGAAACGCAGUGAAAGAAGAAUUUCUUAGAGAUUUAAGGCUGCUUAUAGUAGACGCUUUGUACUUUAAAGCAAAUUGGACAUAUCCUUUCGACCCAACCGCAACAAGAGAAGAAGAUUUUUACAAUGGACAAGGAAAAACAAUUGGACGAGUAAACAUGAUGUUUCACAAAGCAUCUCACAAUGUAGGAGACUCAAACUCUAUAGGAGCACAGAUCCUUGAAAUGACAUAUGGGAAACAUGAAGAAUUCUCAAUGUUAAUCCUUUUACCUUUCGAAGGGAUGCCACUGAAAACAUUACUUAGCAAUUUAGUUACGUCUCCAUUAGACUGGAUAACGGACUUUAAAAGAGACGAUAAACGGCCGGAAAUUGAUGUGUUUAUUCCCCGUUUCAAAGUAUCUUCUCAAAUUGACUUAAUUCCUGCUUUAAAAUACACCGGGAUUCAUACAAUUUUCGACAGUGAAAAGGCGCAGUUGCCUGGUAUUUCUGACAGUCCUUUAUUUGUGUCUAAAACAAUUCAAAAUGUAGAAAUAGAUGUAAAAGAAGAAGGUACAGUUGCCGCCGCAGCUACAGUGGUUGGGUUAGAGAAUCGGUUUCUUUCCCAGAGGUUUGAGGCUAACAAAGAGUUUGUUUUCAUGAUCACACAUAGGAAAUCUAAUGUUAUUUUGUUUGCCGGUGUGUAUAGUGACCCUGCUGUUGUGUGAAUUAAAGUACUUUAAUAUAA